GAUCGGAGCCAUUUAUCAAGGAAAUUAGGGUUUGUACGAUUUCUCUCGUUUCUGCGAAUCCGAAACGAAGAAAGGGACGACGAUGGCGAUGAGGAAGGUGUACAGUGAGAUCAAGGGGAAGAAAUUGAAGGAGCUUCCGAGCUACUUCAAGUCGGGGUUCACGAUUGAGAACGUGAAGAACUCUGUGAAGAGAGGGCUCGACAAUUACAACGACAAGUACAUUCAGACCAGCUCCGUCGAUCCUCUCCUUCAUGUCUGCUUCGGCGGCAUGAUCCUCUCGUACCUUGUCGCUCUUCCCCACGAGCGUCGCCGCCUCGAGCAUCAGCAGCAUGCCAAGGAGCAUGGUGGCCACUGAUGCGGGUGAAUUGGUUCGAUCUGUUCAUUUCCGAUGAUUUGAGUGUGGUGAAAUCUUUCUUCAGUUCAGUGGUGAAGAUUGUGUUGCUGGAUGGGUUUCCCCCCCGAAAUUCUUGGAUCUUGUUGACCAGAAAACCCUUUGUCAUGAAUUGCAUUUUCAUACACAAUAAAUGAAGCACGAUUUAUAAACAAACGAGACUCUUUCCAUUGCAUAUGGCAAUUGUCAUAUAGUAGCAGUUCAUAGCAGAUAACAAACAUUCCUUGAUCUGCCAUUGCUUACUACUAUAUGUCCAA